CAAGAGCGUGAGGGUGGUUGUAGGUGUGUCCAGGUGAAUUUUCUGUGUAUCUGUGUUUUGGAAGCUGUAAAGAGAAAAGGAGAUGGUAAGGAUGGAGGAGAUACAAGCAGCUAUGACAAGCCGAUCAGCCAGACUGAAGAUGUGUGUGGAUAAAACGGAAGGAACAGAGUGGAUGGAAAGAACUGAAGGUGGACUGAGGGAACAGGUCCUGAGGUGGUUUGUCGAAACGCAGGCUUCACUCAUUUUUUGUAAUGGAAACUUCCCCACAUGGUUUCAUGGCUUCAUCUCCAGACAAGAAGCUGAAGAUCAUCUCAGAGAUAAAUCUCUCGGCAGCUUUCUUAUCAGACUCAGUGAGAAAGCCAGUGGCUACAUUCUCUCCUACAAGGGACAAGAUCGUUGUCGUCACUUUGUUAUAAACCAGACCAAGGAGGGCAUGCUGGUAGUUUCUGGUGAUUCCAUUACUCACAACAGUCUACCAGAGUUGCUUGAGUACUUUAAAACUACACCUAUCCAGCCAUUUGGAGAGUGUCUGAUCUCAGAGAAAGAGGUAGAGCCCCCCUCAGAUGACCUGUAUGAUGUGGUUCAUUGUAAACCCAGUAUAAAGUCAGGGGUGAGUGUUCAGGCCCUGCGGAGUUUAUGGGAUCACCGUUGUGAUGUCACACCGAAGGGCCCUCCCGCUCUACCCCCUAAAAGUAGCAACCGCAAACUCAUUUCUUCAACCUCCAUUGACAGGAACAACAUUGUUCAGAUGAGAAACGUACCUCUUCGGAAUGCCUUGAGUGGUGGACAUCUAUCACAUGGCAUGGAGCAACACAUCCAGCCAGACCAGAAGUGGCCAAGCAACAUGGGGACUGAAGGACUUAAUCAAAGGCGAAGAAUGCAUGCCUGGGAGAGUGAGGGAUUUACUUCUCUGGAUUUGCACUUGCAGUGUUACUCAGAGCACGAUGGCCAUGUUUCCACAUCUAACGUACAUCACAACAGCCGGAGCAGGUCAUUACCUCAUCUGGAUGAGGAUCACUGUCUCAGCAGCCAUAGAGCUAACUCUUCACUUGCUGCAUCACCACAUCUGCCCUUUGUUCCACCCAAAUCAGGCCCAGUCUCUUCCUUGUCUCAGUUCAAGGAACAGAACCUGCCUGAACAUAGUGACCUCCCUGACACCAACCUAACAACCUUACAACCUAACCCGCUGUACCAGGCCUCCUCUGGGCUGUGUUCUGGGCCCAACAGCUGCUGGGAUCCACAUUGCAACCCCCAGCCAAGCAGAUUGUCUGAGAUUUCCAGCAAACCCAUCAGUGACCCUCUUACACCAGAAAACACCUACCAAGACAUUCUGGAGCAUCGAAACACCUAUGAGGACUUACCCACAAUCCAGCAAACUAACCUCGCUACCCAAGAGAACAACACCUAUGAGGACUUACCUGAGAUCCAGCAAGGUAACUUAUCUACCCAAGAGAACGACACCUAUGAGGUCUUACCUGAGAUCCAGCACGGUAACCUAUCUACCCAAGAGAACAACACCUAUGAAGACCUACCUGAGAUCCAGCAAGGUAACCUACAAACUCAAGAGAACAACACCUACGAGGACAUUCCAGCUACACACAAUAACACAUAUGCAACUAUAAAGGAGCUGCAGCCCAAACAGCAGAGUUCCCUGGGAAAGAAGACCCAUAAGUGGUGGAAAUUCAAACCAGAUAACAAGAAGAAGUGA